AUGAAGAUUAUAGACUCUUUCAUACAAGAUAUCGAGACUCAUCUUCCAGCUACUAUCAUCCCACUCUCUAUCAGAAGCUCUUGGCAUCAGUUACACCCGCCAGAGGCUUCUGAUGAUGUUGAGCAGUAUCUCAAUGGUGUUAUUCGGAGAACAUUUUAUCAUCAGUUCUACUACUCAACAGCAAGAUUCAGAAAACUCUACGCUGAAGGACAUGAUGGCCAACAACCCUAUGUGAUCCCCUUUGUUCGAAGAAGAUGGACUCUAGGUGCCUCCGUUUCUGGCGCCGAGCACGAAGAAGCUACGCGUCCCUUGCUUGUUUACAGAAAGUGGCUUCACAAUCAAUUCUUUGGAGACGAGAACUUUGAGACGUUUGUCAUUCUUCCUGUCGCUGAAGUUAAACCUGUCUAUCGUGACGAGAAGGCUGAAUCACCCGAGACUCAGUCAGCAUGUGAUCAACUGUUUUUGCCACCGAUUCUUGGAAGCCCCGAUGUCGUUGUACCAAUUGGAGAGACGCGGUAUUAUUCAAAGAUCAGCAACAAGAUUGAGUAUCUGCCAGUGGUAGCCAACAUUGUCGCUGCACCGGGCCGAGACCAUGAGUUUUUGGAGUCGGUUGAUGCUAUUCUUGAGAGGUCUGGACGAUCCAAUGUAGUUUCCGCAGGAUCUAGGAUAUUUGUUCCAUAA